AAAAAAAGCUGUUUGUUUAUUAUUAUUUAAAUUGAUCUAAAUCCCUAGUAUUACAAAUGUGCUUUUUGGUUUUGUGGUCAGUUCACAGAGAUCAUGUUUUCUGGUGCCACGCAAAUUGUUGGGUUUGUUGUUUUGAGGAUUUAAAGAAUCUCAGUGGUGAUUACAUUUAUGGUGCAUGAAGCAUCAUUAUAUCACAUUUAAAAACUCAGCAGCAGAAGACUACAAUGUGUGAAAUAACAAUACUGUGUAAAUCCAGUUGCUACGGUAUCCCAAAGAGGUAAUUCAUAGACUAACUGACAUGAUAGCCCUGUAACUAGUUAUUCAAAGCCGACCGUGAUGUUUUGCCUAAACCUGACUACGGUGCUUUGUUCCCUAAACCUAACAUUAGCUUUGUUGCCUAAACUAACUUUACAUAGUUAUUUUAAACCUAACCGAGUUUUGUCUAAACCUAAUGUAGCGUCCAAACCUUUAGCAGAGUGUAAACCUUAAGUUUACUGAAGUUAAAAGUAGUGCCGAUUACCUCGACACACUUUAAAGAUCCACAGGUUAAUCCACAAGUUGUUCCACAACAUAAUCCACACAGCACGGUCCAUAUGACACGGUCGGAAAACUGUGCGGCUCCAUUCUGCUCCAGAUAUUACUAACAACCGUAACUAACUGUCGCAAAGUCUCCUUAAAGUGACGGCAGUCUGUCAUUUACGUGUAUUUCUUACCACAACAAAUGAUAACAACAUCCAACAUUCAAAGUAGAAACAGAUCUGAUUAAAGUUAAACAUGUAAAUGCAAAUAAAUAUCUUACAGCAAAUUGAAUUAGGCUCUUACACCUAAUAAUGGGCUUUUGUUGCCUAAACUUAACUGUAUGCAGUCCUUUUAAGCCCAACAGUGUUUUGUCUAAACCCAACUAAGGGGUUUUGUUGUCUAACCAGGACGUUUGUUUUGUUGCCUGAACUUAACUACGUGAGUUAUUUAAAGCCCAACCGAAACUUAACUACGCUGUUUUAUGUCCCAAACCUAACUUUCACUUUGUAAUGUAUUGACCUCUCGAUGAAAAGUUGUUCUUAGCGUCAAUGCGUGUCCCUGCACACGAAACAAGAGAUUGCAUUUUGGACUGUUUCACAAACUGCUGUGAGACUGUGUUGGCCUCACACACGUCUGCACAAAUCAGUAGUGAUAACAGAUUUACUCUCAACAAUGUUAAAUUAUGUUUUACUUUAUCUUCAGUCAUAGAAUUAUUCAUGUUUAAUAAACUGUCUCUCACCUUCCUGCUGUGUCUGCACUGACUAUUCACACUUCAAUAUAAUAAUUAUUAUUGUUGUUACAUAGAUUGGACUGAUUCUGAAACCAGUGAUUUUCUCAUUUGCUUUAUCUGCAGCUGAAGUUGUGAGUGUUGCUGAUGAUGGCCCGUCCAGCUCUGUCAGACGAACCAGUCCUGUUACUAAACCCAAGUCUGGAGGAGAGGGUUCCUGAUAUCACGGCUGAAGAAUCAAAAGAUAUAGAUAUUUCUGGCAUUAGCACUGUUCUCGCAGGGAUUGAGAACAACCUGGACCGGUCUCUCUCGUUAAGCUUUGAUCAAACCAACUUGAAAUGGCAAACCUUUGAUGGCUCUCUCCCCAACGGAGCAGUUUCAAUCUACAACGAAUAUGUUGAACGCAUCGACUACGUGUCCAAGUACGGGUCCCAGGCUGGCUUCUACAACCCUGACAUGGGUCCUCACUGCCGCUACCCCUAUGGAGAAAAAGAGUAUCUUGGCUCCCCAUUUGAGAUCCUGGUGAACAAAGACGACUUUGAGUUUCUGGAAUGGAAGGAUGGCUCCUACGGUUCAGUGCCUCCGAAUUCAGUCAAGACCGUCUCCAACAACGACAUUUAUGUUGGGAAGAACCGGUAUGGUCUUGGGAAGGUGGAUGUUAAAAAUCAGGCCUUCUUCCUUCCCUGGAAGGGUUCUGAGUAUUGGUACAAGACCUACCAGGUCCUGACCUUUAACAAAGAUAUUUACAGUGAGGACAUCUCUGAUGUCAAGUACAAGACUGAUGGGGUUGCAAUCAUUAAGCAUCCUCCAGAGACCAUGACCAAGGCUACCCUCGUCAACAAGGACUGCCAUGCAGCGACACUGACAGCUACCCUCUCAACAAAAAUCCAAGUGGAGCAAAGGUGGGACACCAGCUUUUCCCUCACAGUAGGCAUCAAGACUACCAUCACUGCUGGAAUCCCCAUAAUUGCCUCCACAGAAAUUGAGAUUAGCGCAUCGACAACCUUCCAGUUCACCAAGGGGACAACUUAUACUGAGUCAAAAGAGCACCAAGUUGCUGUUGAGUGCAAAGUCCCACCAAACCACUCCUGCAGUGUCAGUCUGGUGGGGUAUAAGUACGAGGCAGACAUCCCUUACACUGCACGCCUCCACCGCAAGUACAGCAACGGGGACACCACAUGGACGUCCAUCUCUGGGACCUACAAACGCGUCCAAGUUAUGGAAGUCCAGUCUGAGGUGGAUCGCUGUGAACCUCUGCCUGACGCUAAGCCCUGUGCCUGAAAGAAUGAUGGAAGAGGCUCCAUGAGAUAAAUUACCUGACAUUAUGUAUGUUUAGUUGGGUACUUGUAAUGUUAUUAGACUAUUAUUAUUAUGGAAGUAUAUGAAGGUUAUUCCUCAUAAUUGGUUGCAGCAAUUUCCAUAAUGACAAUCUAAAAAUAAAUGUACUUUUGUUUUAUGUCUAAAUAUAUGUUAUAAGACAAUAACACUACUUAAUUUACCUUUUUCUGUUUUUCUUUUUCAGCAUAUUCUUUUCCAACAAAAAAUCAAAUGUUUGAAAAAUUUGCAUUUCUUAUUUUUAAAAAAAGUAAAUAUUUUAUUUUAAUUCAACACUAUUUCUAUUUUAAAAUAAAAGUAAUUUAGCGUCUCUCUAUAGACAUUUGUUAACACCAGGCUUUUAUUCUGAAAUAUUUGCAGGACAGUAUUGUUGGGUUGUACAGCUUCAUGAAUAAAGUACCGGCUUUUAAUUUUAAAUUUGUAUUAUUAUUUACAUAUAAGCACACUCUUCUUCACCUGUUUCUGUCUAAAAUAAAUAUAAAUAACAUUUAUAACGAAUUGAAACAUUCUGACUAUUACGAAAGGCAAACUCUAUAUCGACAGAAGGGCUGGCAGCAGCAAAGCUGUCUGUGUGGAC